CCCACCCUGUCUGUGGACUCAGAGCAGAUAGAAGCCGGGACGGUAUGAGUCUCCACUGGACACCCUAAACCGGUAGGACAACCUGAUGUAAUUGAAGAAGGGUUUUGAAGUUUCUGUGAAGAACAACACACUUUGGAUGAAGCUGGGAGAGUUUCACAGCCAAUCUUUCAAGAUAUUUUGAUCCUGAUCAGUCCUGACGAAAGAGUUUCAAGUUCUGCACUUGAACACUGAGCAGCUCAAACAGAUAAGUUGGGUGGAACUGUGUGGUGCCUGGUGUAGGGGCACUUUAAAAAGUCCUCCUUGCCAGAGCAAAGAAUUUCCCAACCAGGAUUAUCUUAAAGUACUAAGGACAUUUUUGAGAUUUAAUUGUUGUUGUUAAUAGUUAAUAGUUGUUGUAAUUGUUGAGUUCAGGGGUUUCUGGCAGGACAAAGACAGAAAAGCCACUAAUUGUGGUGGUGACUGAGCUGAGCUCUGGACCCUUUGCACGUCCUCUGACGUACCAGAGACCAUGCUGUACCUCAAGAAAUACUUCACGGAAGGCCUCAUUCAGAUGGCCAUCCUGCUCAGCCUGUGUGGGGUGAGGGUUGACGUGGGCCUGGAACCCUACUUGCCUCCCUCCUGGCAGGAGAUGAUCCUGGGUCAGAGCUCAGCACUGACCCAGACACAGUUCCAUAACCUCCGCAACCGCAUGGAGGAUGGUCAUGACCUGCACCCCAAGAGUGUGGACCUGGACGGGUUCUUCACGGCACGAAGGCUGCUGGGCUGGGUCCGCUCUCUGGACAGGCUGCAGGUUCCUCAUGCAGAACUGGAGGCAUGGCUGGUUCAGCGGGAGCCGGAUCCUCUCCCCAUUGGAUGUCCAGACCAGUCCUCACCACUGGAGAGAGCACCUGCUGGUGUAGAGAGAGACCGACCUGCCCCGCUUGUUGAAUCUAGAACAGGACUCGAUAUCCUACAGGAAGAACCGGAGGAUGAUAAAGAGGAAGAAACGCAUCAUGUGCGUCAUUACAGUGAUGCUCUUGAAGACAGAGGAGAGGAUGAGGACGAGGAACGGCUGGACAGGAGGACGGAGGAAAGAAGACUAGGAGGUUCCUACAGCCGUGCUAACAACGGAGAGCUAACUCAGGAUGACGUAGACCAGACGUCUUCCUCCCUGCAGGAGUGUUUGAGGUUGUUGGAGGAAACCUUUCCUUUCACAGAGGAACAACAGUUAAGGGAUGAUGAUGAUGGUCGUAGAAGGGAGGACUUGGAGUGUCAGAUGCCAGACAGGGAGCCCCUGCUGUCUCCUAUCAUCCCUGAUUGUAACCCCUUGACAGACCUGGAGCUCCAAUGGCAGGACCUGUUGGCUAUCAUGGAGCCUGAGAACACAGAUGUUGACAUGAUGGCAUCAUUUGGCCACACCCAGACUUCAAGACAGACUGGGAUCCCUCAGGGUGCUGGGUCUGAAACUCUACACCAAAAUUUGAACAAUCAUGACAAUGGCAUAACAGGGGCUGAUGAGGAGGCUUUUCUAAUGGGGACUCCACUGCAGCACGGGUCGUUGGAACCUCGGAGCCGGCCAGGGCUAGAGCCAGUCCUGCUUCCUCUUACCCCCAGUGCAGAGUUGGAUGACCACAGUUCAGCCUUAAACACAAGGGACACUUUGAGAAGCUCAAAUAUAAAUCCCUCAAAUAGUUUUCCUGACAACACAUAUCUGCUUGAAGAAGAUCUUUCAGAAGACUUCUGCAGGGGACUAGAUGCAGAAGAUAACUCUGACACCUUCAACAUAAAUUUGCUAACACAAGGUCAUGUGGAUACCAUGGAAGGUUAUCCAGGCUUUCAGUAUGCUCCCUCCCUUGAAAACCUACCUAGCUUUGAUGUUAGCUUUCAUACACAUAACAUGACGUCUUCCAGUUUCACCCCAUCACCAGAGGGGAAUGGUUUGACUCCAGACCUUCUGACAUCUCCCUCCAGUGUCUUUCUGGGUGAGGAAGAGGAGGAUGUUGAUAAUGAAGGUGGUCUUCCUAGCACACUUACUGACCUCUUAGAGGAUGCUGCCAUCUUGGAUGAGAUGAGAUUGUUGGACCUGGCUCUGGAGGAAGGAUUCAGUCCUGAGAUGGCAGCCAAGCUGGAAGAGGAGGGCUUCCUUGAUCGUGAAGUGGCCCAACAGGAAACUGGCAGAGAUGGUGACCACCCAGGCACUGGCAUGGUGGUCACAGACAGUGAGGAUGAAGCAGACUCAGACUCUGGUCUUUCUCUGGACUUCAGCCACAGCCCUGCUUCUCCAUGUGCUUCUGAGGCCUCCUCUUAUUGCUCUUCCUCAACCUCAUCUUCAUCUUCUGUGUCAGCUGCUGGAAGUCCCUUCUCUACAGACGAGGACAAAGAGGCUGAGGAAGGUUUAAUUGGUUCAGAUAUGGAAGUGGAAGUGACCAUAAAGCAGGAGGAAGUGGAAGAGGAGGAAAUGGGGGCGGUGGGAGGAGAGUACCCUGAAAAUGUUAAGAAACCCUUCUCUCUUAACUUUGGGGAUCACAAGCUGUAUAACGGCUUUCCUUGGCUUGAGUAUAUCGGCCAUGAUCACACUUACAACCAGCCCUGGUCAUCUGCCUCCUCUCCAUUUGAAGGCAAGAUGCCUACCAAACAUCCCAAAACCUCCCUACAACAUGACAAUGCCAAGCCUUACCACCGCUCUUCUUCCAGACACAUCACUGAGACCAAGAUGUGGAGUCGGGAUGAACGGCGGGCAAAAGCAAAGAAGAUUCCUUUCUCUAAUGAGUUGAUUGUUAAUCUGCCAGUGGAGGAGUUUAAUGACCUGUUGGCCAGUUACCAACUUAGUGAAGAGCAGCUUACACUCAUCAGGGACAUUCGCCGCCGUGGGAAAAACAAAAUAGCUGCCCAGAACUGCAGGAAGAGGAAACUGGAUGUGCUGCUGGAACUGGAAGACAGUGUGUCAGGUUUAAGGCGCUACCGUUCACGCCUGCUCCGAGAAAAACAGGAAGCCCUGAGGAACCUGCAGGAAAUGAAAAGACGACUGGGCUUGUUGUACCAACAUGUCUUUUCCACACUGAGGGAUGAGGAGGGGAGGCCAUUGAACUCUAUGGAGCACCUGCUUCAGUUUGAGUCCGAUGGUAGCGUCACGGUGGCCUCACGCCAACAGGGGGCAGCAGUGCCACUGACAAAAAACAGCAAGAAACAGAAGGAUAAGAAGAAGUGAGGAGGUGGUCAGUCUAAUCUGGCUUUAGGAGUUUGGGACAUUAGAAAAAUGUAGAGAGAGUAAGAGAUUCCUUGACAGGAGUGUGAUUCAACCACAAAAAAGUAUGAAAUACUCCUGUGGUGGUUAAUGAAGAAAAACAGGAACUCUGGUUUUAAGGGAAGGAGCUGAAAACUACCAUGAAAUCCGUAUACACCAAAACAGAUAUCCCUGACGGUGAUGUUGUCAUUAAAAGAAUUGCUGGAUCGCUGGAUGAACAGAGGAUUCGAGACGAAAGACAAGUUCUUUAAAAGAACAACAUAAUGAUGUUGAUGGUGAUAUGGAAACCUUUAUUCCAGGAUGUGUUGCUCUCAUUUGAUAAAUGGUGAUAAACAUUUUCUACACUGGAAAAGGGCUUGAGUCCAGCUACUGUUAAGAUCAAACAACUCUGAGGUAAAUGUGGGCUGCUACAUACUGAUAAUAGAUUACCUGGGACCAGCGCUUUAAAAUGCUAGUUCAAUGCCUAUGCAAAAUUCUGCUUUUCCAUACAUGGAUUUCCUCAGUAAACUGAAAAUAUUGAGUUGAAAAAGUCAACAGGCUGAUGGCAGGCUGGAUCCUGGCUGUCAGCCAAUGUAGCAAAAGAACUGCAGACACUACAAUGACUGUUGUCUCCAAGGAAGGGACUGGUACACAAGAACAGAAGUUGCGAUCAUGCCCCCUUGAGUUGGCAGGAUUAAGGUUGGGGGGGCACCAUCUUACUCAAAGACACUUCAUCAGGCCAAAGACAGUGCCAUGGAGAUCAAACCUGUGUAUGUAGUUACCGAAUGGUGCAGUAACUGCAAGACCUGCUGCCAGAAGUCACCAUGCUAAGUACUGUCUGCAACAGAAGCCUCUUAGAUUCAACCAAGAAAGGAAAGUGGCCAUCUUGGCCACUCUGCUGGGCUUCAGUUGUGGCAGUUUUCCUGAAAACUGACCCUUAUUUUAAGAGCCCAUUCUACUACUUGAUUGACUAAGGUUUUGACAAUGGAUCUACAAACAGCAGAUGUUUUUGUCUAUAUAAGCUAAAAUUUGGUGGGUAGGGCAGUUUGCUUUGCCUUUUUCACACAUUUGCACAACUAGCUCUAAACUCACCAGGCAACCCCAUGCAAGUUUACACUGAAAAUGAUUAACUGACUGAGGAAUGACCCACAAGGGUGCCGGUCUGGAUCUUUUCUUGUGAAUUUUCUGAAAGUAUGAUAGCAAUGGGUUUUACCUGUGCCUUUAACAUGUGUGUUUCUGUUUAUAUGAGUAUUGAACAUGUCCGUGAUUGUAAAAGUGGGGAAAUCUUGUCUCAUUUAAACAACAUGGUAUGUUCCAAAUGUUAAUCAAGGGUAGGAGUACCCAUGACCUCAAUUCAACACAAGAAUAAAAGUGGUUAAUACUUUUGGUAGUUGUUAAAUACAUGAGUACAAUACAAGUCUGUACAAGUACAAUGUUUAAACAUUGAUAUGGGGAAAUGUAUGUCAAACAUAUGAAUGUACCUUAAAUUGAUAGAGGAAACACAACAGCUUUGGCCUUCGAAGACAGACAUUCUAACAUUUCUCCAAACUCAAGGUCCGUUUGAGAAUUGUUUCAAGUUAGGAUAUCACCCUCUGCUGGUUGUGUAUAGCAAAGUAAGACAGCACUGCACUGAGAUUCUGAUGAAACUAUAAGUACAAGGAAUUUAACAUUGCAGCAAAAAUGAUAUAGUUCUAAAUUUUACCUUAAUCUGCAGCAUCCCAGGUUGUAGUUGAGCCUACUGUUAAAAAGAAGUGGCUUUAGUGAAAGUCAUGUAAAAAAUAAUAAAUAAUUGUGUUAUUUGCAGAGUAAAUUUAGAUUUUUCAGGAAUGAGCAGCCAGGAGAACACGUUAGCAGUUACUGUGUUGCUAGACCUUUAAACAAAAUCACAAAUUUAUGUUUGAUUCAUUUUAGGGAAUAAAUUGUCUGAACUGAUGUUCAGUGCACAUAUUGACCACCUCAUUUAAGGGUCAAACUAAACUGGGUCUUGCAGUUUUCUGAAAGGCAGGCUAUGCAGUGGAAUUUGACUAGUGAUAUCCUGUCUGUCUUCUAGAUUUAUGAAGGCAAAUGAAAACCUGCAUGCCUAUCACUACCACUAAGUGUUUUUAUUGUUGUUUGUUUGAAAGUGUUUACAUUUUGUGCUUGCUGGUAUUCAAGGAUAUGGGACCUUGUCUUCUGUAAUAUAAAAUAAAAUGAAAAACUAAAAACAAAUUGUAAUUCUUUAGAGACAGUUGGUGUCUAUAGUCGGGUAAGGAGAUGUCGGGGUUAUCAGCUCUGCAGCCAUUUGUGGCAGAUAAUUCUAAUUCGGUAUUGACAUCCUACGCAUUACAAAUGAAGACAUGAGCUGAAUCCCAGUUCAGUGGCUUUGUCUCUCUGAUAUUAAGUUUAACACGACAUGACUGAAGCCCUGAUUUUCCACUUGCUAACAGUGUUUCGAGCUCCCCAACAAGUGCCGUAUUACCAAGGGUAACAGUAAAAACACUUCCGAAAAGUUAUUGGCGUGGAGGUAGGAAGAAGAGGACGAAGUGGAGUAGUUAGCCUUCAGUUCACCACUGCUGUUUCGAAAAUAAGUUGUCUUUCUCGAUAAAAUGCCUCAUGCAGAUUUAACAAUGCAGCCAUAUCAGUGAAUUCUGGGCAAUGUAGGAAGAGCUGGCACAAUUAAAUGUUGGCUUUAAAGUAGAUGGGCCAACAUUUAGCUUUAGCCAUCACACAGCUGGAAGGUAAAUGCUCUAUUGUGUGCCUUUAAUGCAGAGAAGGACGAAAUGAGAGACAAAAGUACAAACGGUUACGAAAACGAAAACCCUUUAUUGUCCAAAACAAACAUUAAAAGUAGAUUUGCCAUGACAGUGACAUUGCAAGGGAAACCAAUAAACAUGCAACAGGACAACACAAGCUAAUCUGCUAAAUACAGAGAAACGUUUCAGGGACAAUAUAGAAAAGCUAACUAGCAGACCCAGGUGCAGCCGAUUCAAUCCCUUCCACUGAAUGAUGAAGUAUAACAGAAGGCAAACACUGUACUCGAAACACUGAUGUACACUGGUGAAAUAAGAAUGUCCCAUAGGCCAGAAGUCCUUAAAACAAUCUUCAGGAACUUUACUGAAUAACAUAUUUAGAAUGUGUAAGCAACAGCUAGAAAGGGUGGGCUUAGACCC